AUAAAGUGCUAUCAAACUGAAAUUAUUAAAAAAAAUUCGUAUAAUUAAAGUGAAUGAUCAACAAAUUCAAUCAAAUUAAAGUGCAUCAGGUGUUCGACAGCUGGUAUACGUCGCGCAACAACAACAACGUUCGUCGAUUUGUAUCGUAAGCGAUGAUCGAAAAAUGCCGCCCAAUGACGAACGCAAAAUCGUUUAAAAUCUGUGUAAUUCGUACGCGCCAAAUAUUGCCAGAAAUGCAUUUAAAAAAGCUUUAAAUUUCAAUCAAAUCACACUUUUAAUAACUAACAGUAAAAAGGUGAAAGUAACAAGCAAAAUCGAGGCAUUACUAUGCGAUAAUGUAUCGAUAACUUAAGCGAAUUUCACUUCGUUUGCCUCAACACAAACACUGACUGGCGAACUAAUCAAAGAUAGGUUCUGUGUGCGCGCAUUCAUACCUCCGCGCGACCGCAACAAUGAGCGAUUCGCUGAAUGAAUCCGCGCGACAACCAGCGAAUGAGGAUACGCAAACACGACGCGAUAAACCGCAAACGCUCAGCGGCAUUGAGGCCACCAAAGCGCUCAAUCUGCAGGCAACUGCCUCCGUUCUGGCAGACACAAAUAUGGCGGAAGUGCCGAGUGACACGCAAAAUGCAGAUUUGGCAGUGAAUUUGGCGCGUAAUCGGGCGCGGUCGCGAACAGUCGGUAGUCGCAUUGGCAGUGAUGGCGCCGGCAGCGCUGGCAAUGCAACGGAAACGCGCGACGUACGCAAGCAUUCGUGUGACGGUGUGGUAAGCAUUGGCGGUGGCAGUGGCAGCAGCAGUGCCACAAUGGGUGGUGCGACAGGCGGUGCAUUUGGCAGUGGCAGUGGCAUCGACGAAUUCAGUGGCGCUGAUGGUGAGCGACGGCGUGAGAGCCUCAACUACGAGGACACCAGUCCGUGCAGUCACAGCUUCAAUAAGGCGAUUUUCGGACGCACUGCACACACAAGGACGGGUGUUGGUGGCGGUAUGACGCGCAAAUGUGUGCUCACGCUGGAUGGCUACUCCUAUGUCAUAGUGGCCAGCACACCGGAGAGUUUGCCCAAGCGUGAACGAGACGAUCUACCCACCGUUGGCAAUACACCGUCGAUUGGCUCAACAAGUGGCAGUGUGACAGGUGAAAGACGCACAAAGGCAGACAGUCCCACUGGCAGCAGUUCAGCAGGCUUAAUAAGCGGCGGCUUAGGAGCAGGGGGCUUAUACACAACUGAGGAAAUAAACAGCACUACAACAACCACAACAGCGUGUGGCGCAAGCAGCACCGUUGAGAGUGUGACUAUCAAUGGUCAAAUUGGAAGGCACGGCUCUCUCACCAUUGUACGACGUUCUAAUAGCCGCAAGAGCUUCAUACAGCUAGAUGCACAACAACCAGGCAUUCUCACAUCCCCAUCUACAGCUGCAACAACACCUAUAGGUGGUCCAACGCAGCAGCAACUGCAUACACAACAACAACAACCAUUUGCCGGCAUAGCUCCCGACUUAGCUGCUCAACUGCUGAACAGCAGCGACAGGAAGAGCCAGCAAACGCCAAGCAAUUUUCCACCGGCAACUAGCACAGACAAUCGCGCCGCAAACGAUACUAGAAGAUCUAGUAACAGCGAGCGACACAUUGAAGUGGAACCGAACUUUACUGCAAAUACCACCACACCGAAGAACGUUCCAGCCAUUGGGAACUCAGCACAACACCAGCGUAACAAUUAUACGGCAACGCCAGUGGGCGCGUCCGACAACGCCGCUGCAGACAGCAGCAACAGCAAUAGCGCCGCCUCGGCCACUAAUAGCACAAGCAAUACAUUUAACAGCGCCGCCAACAGCAGCCUAGCCACCGCCAACAAAAUGCAAGCACCAGCACCGGGUUCACCGAGCGCCGAAACUAAUAGCGCGGGCGUACGCGAAGCUGGCGAAGAUAAAUGCGCGAGCCUAGACUUGGCCACGGAAAACUUACCAGCUGUCGAUACACCGGACGCUUGCGAUAAAGCGGCAGUGAGAUUGCGCUGCUUAUUGCACUUGUUAAAUACUGGCGAUAUUUCGAACGACGUCUUGCAACGCAACCUCCAUUAUGCGGCACGCGUUCUCGAAGCCGUCUUCCUCGACGAGUCCAAUCAGGAGACGCGUGAGGUCGGCGAUGCGCAUAAAUGCUGCAGCGGCAGUUGUUGUAGCCGGCGCGGCCACCAACAGCAUGGCUGUGCUGGUGAGGGUAGUGGUGGUGGUGGUCACAGCAAUCAGGAUAACAACAAUUUGUGCAAUAGUUGUUGUUCACGCUCUGAUGACCAACAACAACAAAGCAAUGCAUUUGACAAUCAAACCAGCAUCGACAGCCGCACCAAAGGUGUGACGUUAGCGCCGCAAACGCACAGCGGACCCACCGGACCGCCGGAUACGAUUUUGGAAGCCGAUGCCGAAGCAGAAGCAGCAGCCGAAACGGAAGCGGAAACGGAAACAGCGACGACGGCAACAGCUGUCGCACCGAACGCCAGUGAACCGGCAGAAACAGCUGCCUCCGACAGCUCCAAACCUGCGGACGUGGCGGCAGACACGUCGACCACCAGCACAGCUAAGGUUAGCUUUGCGGAGAGUAAAAGCGAUAAACAGUGUAGUGACGGCGGUGGUAGUCAGAGUGUCGGCAGCAGUAGUAGCAGUAGUAGUAAUAAAGCAACCAUGCAGAGGCAAAGGCGCCUGCGCACACCGGUCUGGGCGAGGUCCAUGUCGUCGACGAAUAAAACACGCCUCGCCGACGAAGAUGAUGAACUAUCCGAGGUGCAACCGGAUGCUGUGCCACCCGAGGUGCGCGAGUGGUUGGCCUCGACGUUCACGCGGCAAUCGGCGACCACACGCAGGCGAACCGAUGAAAAGCCGAAAUUCCGUACUGUCGCCCACGCCAUACGCGCCGGUAUAUUUGUGGACCGAAUAUACCGCAGUGUGUCGCGUACGGCGCUCAUGCAAUUUCCGCCAGAAGUGGUCCAAAUACUCAAGAACUUGGACGACUGGUCAUUUGACGUGUUCGCCCUGGCGGAGGCCGCCGGUGGCCAGCCGAUCAAAUACCUCAGCUACGAUUUGCUCAAUCGCUACGGCAUCAUACACAAAUUCAAGAUAGCGCCUGCCACAUUGGAAAUAUUUUUGAAUCGCGUCGAAGAGGGCUAUUGUCGCUAUCGCAAUCCAUAUCACAACAACAUACACGCGGCCGAUGUUACCCAAACGACGCAUUAUGUGCUCUGUCAGACCGGACUCAUGAAUUGGUUGACCGAUUUGGAAAUAUUCGCCACAUUACUUGCCGCUCUCAUACACGACUUCGAACAUACCGGCACGACCAACAACUUUCACGUCAUGUCCGGUUCCGAAAAGGCACUACUCUACAAUGAUCGCGCCGUAUUGGAGAAUCAUCAUGUGAGUGCCGCUUUUCGCUUGCUCAAGGAGGACGAUUGCAAUAUAUUGGUUAAUCUGUCGCGCGAAGAGUUUCGCGAGUUUCGCACACUCAUUAUUGACAUGGUGCUGGCCACCGAUAUGUCCUUCCAUUUCCAGCAGCUGAAGAACAUGCGAAAUUUGCUCACCUUAAAUGAGGCGUCGGUGGACAAGUCCAAGGCAAUGGCAUUGGUGCUGCACUGUUGUGAUAUCUCGCAUCCGGCUAAACGUUGGAAUCUCCACCAUCGCUGGACGAUGCUGUUGUUCGAGGAAUUCUUUCGGCAGGGAGAUUUGGAACGCGAGCUCGGUCUGCCAUUCAGUCCCAUGUGUGAUCGCAACAACAUACUAUUCCCAGAGUCACAAAUCGGUUUUAUUGAUUUUAUUGUGGAUCCCAGUUUGUCGGUAAUGUCCGAUAUGCUGGAAUAUGUGUUGACUCCGUUGGCGCCCAUGUGUAAGACGUCGAAUGCGAGUAUUGAUGCUGGUGAUGCGCCAGUGGAUGGCGCGGCUGCAAGCCCUCGCAAUAAGACCGACGGUGACGCUAGUUCAACCACGUCUUCGCAACAAGAAGACAGUAAUGCCAAGGCGGCGGGUACAAAACCGAAGUUCAGCAUACGAAAACCCUGGCUCACCUGUCUAAAUGAUAAUAAGAAAAUCUGGAAAGAGCAAUCGCUAAAAGAGGAGGCUGCUCGCAAUGAAAAAGCUCAACAAAAGGAGGGCGAAAGUGAGGAAUAAACAACACACGGCUGGCAGCGCAAGUCUGAGUAAUAACAGUUGAUUUAAGUAAGGGCAACACCACAUAUUGGAACUGAAUAGAGACUAACAUGUGUAGAAAAGUAGAAGAAAAAAACUAUUGCAGAUAAAUGCAAAAAUGCAAAAACUACAUAUAUACAUACAUAUUCUAUGUACAUAUAAAAAUUAAUUAACUCGUUUUGUUUAUAAAAAAUGAUUAUUUUGUAGGUAUACACCGUAAUAAUGUGUGUCUACCAUGAAUUCGUACGAUUGUUGUGUUGCGGGCAUACAAACAAUUACAAUAGAGUUAUUUUUUUCUAAAUAUGCUUCAAUAAGUCAAAAUUACUGUUAAGUUUAUGUUAUAAUAAAAUUUAAUUAUUAGCAGCUUUGUACAUAAAAAAAGCGAAAAUGUCUGCGGCAAAGUACUUUAUUACAAAUAAAUACAAAAACAAAUACAAAAUAUUACAAAAAAGUGUAAUUUACAUUAAUUUAGUUUAGAAAAAGUAUGAUAACGAAAAAAUGAUGUGAAAAAGUUAUGAGUUUUGAUUGAACAUUAUGCCCACGGCAGGCUUUUUAUGAACACAAACAGAAUUGUACACUUUUAUUGACAUUACCGUUAAUGAUCGUGGCAAAUAAAUACAGCUUGUGAAGCAAAAAGUGUGUUUGAACAAACUCAAUCAAUCAGCAAUAAUAAUAAAUAUUUAUAAGCAUGCACACAUACAUAAACAUACAGCCCUAAAUGUAAACAGAAAUAUUAGCUGCAAAAAUGCAAUUUUCAAAAUGUGGCAAUGUAAACAGCAUUGUAGCAGCCAAGAAGUGAAUACAGUGUACAAGAACGAAGUAAUGUGCAAAGCAAAAAACACAACUAAAAAUAUAUGAAAUGGAAAUUAAGUAAAGAAAAAGUAGUUGGAGACUAUAACUGUUGUAUACCACUUGUACAUAUGUAUGUAAGUAUGCGCGAGCGCCAUAAAAAUGUUUAUAAUUUCAAAACUGCACAAACAGCAGUUUGUUAAAAGUUGUGUGUAAUGUAAAUUGAGUGUGGAGCUUAAUUAAAGGUUUAAUUUAAAUAAUUAAUUUAAUUUAAAUAAUUAAUUAAUUUACUUUAAUUUAAUUAAUUAAUUAAAAAGUAUUGUUAGUCAUAUUUUUUUUGUUUUAGUUAUGGCAGUACACAAACUUAUUUUUAAGUACUUAAUAAUUGUUACAAAUAAAAUUUAAUGGAAAAAUA